AUGAAAUGGUAUGGGAACAUAUAAAUCCAGACAAAGCGCAUGUGGCGUACGCCGUUCUAGCGGUGUUUUCGUCCUUUUUCUCACUGUGCUCGCUUUUCAUCAAGGAACGACUAUAUAUUGGUGAGGCCUCUGUGGCCACAAUAUACGGUCUCAUAGUUGGUCCACAUUGUUUGGACUGGUUCGACCCUUCUUCGUGGGGGAAUGAGGACUACAUAACUUUGGAAAUCAGCAGAGUCAUUCUGUGCAUCGAAAUAGUGGCUGUCGCUGUAGAACUUCCGAAGAAAUACAUCCUGAAACACUGGCUCGGGGUGUUCCUGCUCCUGAUCCCUGUGAUGACCAUCGGAUGGCUCGUUAUAGGACUGUUCAUAUGGCUCAUUAUCCCCGGACUACACUAUGGGUACGGCCUGUUGAUAUCCGCCUGCAUUACCGCCACAGAUCCUGUUCUUGCACAAGCAGUUGUUGGUAAGGGUAAGUUUGCAAGAAGAGUGCCUGCGCAUUUGCGGAAUCUUCUCACCGCCGAAUCCGCAUGCAACGACGGCGUGUCUGUGCCUUUUGUUUACCUUGCGGUCAACAUCAUUAUACAUGGUUCUAACGCGGGAGCCAUCGCGCGUGAUUGGAUUACAGUCACAGUUCUAUACGAGUGUCUUUUUGGCUGCAUUCUAGGCGGAAUCAUUGGGUUUGUUGGACGAAAACUUAUCCAGUAUGCGGAAGACAAAGACCUUAUCGAUAGAGAGUCGUUCCUGGCGUUCUAUGUUAUGCUGGCACUCUUGUGCGCAGGUUUUGGAGCUAUACUCGGUGUCGACGAUCUGCUGGCGUCUUUUGCCGCCGGCGCCACUUUUGCCUGGGAUGGCCGUUUCACUGAGCGUACAGAAGAGUCGCACGUUUCCUCGGUCAUUGAUCUGCUGCUCAACUUGGCCUACUUCGUCUAUUUCGGCACCAUUAUCCCUUGGGAGCAAUUUAAUAAUAAAUCGCUCGGCCUUGACUGGUGGAGACUUGUGUGCAUUGCUAUCGUGGUGAUAUUUUUAAGACGAAUCCCGGCAGUGCUGGCGAUCAAGCCAUUCAGUCCCGAUAUCAAGAACUGGAAAGAGGCUUUGUUUGUGGGCCAUUUCGGUCCCAUCGGGGUGGGGGCUGUCUUUGCGUCUAUUCUGGCCGUAGGUGAUUUGGAGGCCCACGUCUUGCACCUUGAACAUGGCCCCACAGCCCAGUACCCAGACGAGGAAGAAUACCAUCAGCUAAUAAGGAUUAUUUGGCCGACUGUCUGUUUCUUGGUGCUCAGCAGUAUUAUAGUGCACGGUUCCUCUGUUGCUGUGAUGACCUUGGGCCGCCACUUGCAAACAAUGACGUUCACUAUGACACUUACCAAAGUCGAGACUGACGGCGGGGGAUGGAUCUCGAGACUUCCAAAGCUGGAAAAAAGCGGUACCUCUUUCUCCAUCAAGAGAAUUGAUACCAUGGCUCCUUCCGAGGCAAGCCACGACAACGGACUUUUGGAGAAAACCUACACCAGCGACUCGACUAAUGUGGAUGCGGGCGACACUGCGGCCUCUGCUAAACCGGCAGGCAUUGCAAAGAGACGGAAGCAAAAGAAAAAAAUGCAUAGGAAAAUCAGAGAAAAGCGACGGGCGCCUCCUGCUGUGGAGACGCUGGACCUUGGCAAAAACAAUACUCAGAGCCAGCCAACGAAGGAGAGUUCAGACCAGAGUUCAACCACCCGUCUUGAGGUUGAGGAGAUGGGCCGUUCUGACCAGUCCAGCGAUCACGGCGAAGAGGCUAUGGGUCCUCCUUUAAUGAAGGUCACAUCGCCAAGAAUGGCGGAACUGCAAAGAGACUUUGAGCUUACUGACGAAGAUAUACAACCAAUUGAGAUAGACGGAGAGCUGAAAAUUCCAACGUACGGCUAUAGAGACGGCACACAGCUUAUUAUUGAGGACCAGAACGGAGAAAUACUGCGCACAUUUAAUGCACCGCGUGCAGAAUCUGAUGAUCAGAAGAGCAUGCACAGUCUGCACAGUUUAAGCACGUUGAAGAACCGACUUGCAGACCUGCAAAGAAAAAAACGGAUUCGGACAAACGACGGAGAGGAAAUACAGAUCGAGGACUUCUCGCGCCCAGAAGAGAAAAUUCAUCAGCUGGUGAACAAGACCGACUCAGACCACAAAAUGCUUUUGGGCCAAAAGAUCAAGCGUGACAAGAAUAAUAAACCUCACGCUUCACAGAGAUACCAUGGUUUCCGCAUUGACGACAACAUUCUGAUCGAGAAUGCUGACGGAGAAGUUGUCGGGAGAUUUAAAAUAAAUCAGAAAAAGAAACCUGCAGCUGCAAAGGCCGACACCCUCGACAAGGCACUAAAAAUGGUUGGAUUGUUGAAGGAAAAAGCCGGAGACGUUGAGCAGAAUGAAGUCUCGAAUGACGACCUAAUUCCAACGGAUGCGGGACCACAGGACAAAAGGCUGGAGGACAAGCUUAAAAAGUUCCUGACUGCAGAUUCGCAUAAAGUUAGCGUAAGCUCUCCACCUUCGUCAUCGCAGAAAAACACAGACUCAUCUACAGGUUCUGACUCGUCCAACCGAACGGACAGCUACAAUCAGGAGGAGUCGGAGGUGGAGCGUGCGAGACGUCUGGCUGCCCUGGCAUCGUCCUCUAGAGACCCGGAGGACGAGGAGGACGAGCCCGCCUCUAAAUUAUAAAAGCGCAUAAAACUACAUGCUUACAUAAGUCACC